AUGGUGUGUGAGGUGGCCGUAGAGCUUUGUGGAGGCCGGUUCAGCAACGAAGGUGGUUGUUCGUUGGUGGUAGUUCCGGUUGAGCUUGUUAGAAUAAUAACUGGAAAAAAAUGUGGUAAUGUGAUUCAAAAGCAUGGCCAAAGUCCUCUUUCCACUUCCACUCAACCAAAAAAGAAGAAAAUAACAAAAGUUGUGACUCAUGUGCAAGCGCGGGUUACAUUACAACCAUCAGAAGAUCUGGCUGAGGUCAAAGCUCUGGAGGAGAAAGAGUGUGAUCAACCUGAGGCAAACAAGGGAGAAAAAACCAAUUCCACUGUUACAAAUUUGUCUUCCAAUACUUCUCUUAGUCAAGAAGAGAUUUUGGCCAUAAAAAAUAAAAAUCAUAUAGAAGCCUUGAGGAGACUUCAGAAACAUUGCAAAUUAGAAACUAGAUUCAAAUCUUCUAGUUCCUCCAAUGCCCCUGUGAGUGAUGAGUCAUAUGGCUCUGUGAAUCUCAUGAUUCAACAACUCAGAGUGAUUGUCUUUGAUGUCAACCUUUUCAAGGCUAUCGAGGAAGAUGCCAAUUUCAAAACUGACAUUCAUAAACUAUUGAAGGAGAUCAACAAGCAAAGGAUCCUUGACUCUACGAUUCAAUUUUUGUUCGAAUUUAAGGAUCUCUUCAACCACAUAUAUCGGUACAUACAACUUAGGAAGACUUGUGACUCCCAACUCCAACAUAAAAUGGAAGAGUUGGCUAAAUAG